UCAACUCCUCUCACCAGCUCAACCCCACUCAGCCCCAGACACCACCAUGACCGGCUCCUGCUGUGGCUCCGUCUCCUCCUCCCUGGGCUGUGGCGGAGGCUGCUACCAGCCCUGCUGCUACCGCGACCCCUGCGGCUGCCGCCCAGUGUCCUGCCAGACCACCGUGUGCCGCCCUGUGACCUGUGUGCCCCGCUGCACGCGCUCCAUCUGUGAGCCCUGCCGCCGCCCAGUCUGCUGCGACCCGUGCAGCCUGCAGGACGGCUGCUGCCGCCCCAUCACCUGCUGCCCCACGUCCUGCCAGGCCGUGGUCCGCCGCCCCCGCUGCUGGGCCACCACCUGCUGCCAGCCCAUCUCUGUGCCGUCCCCAUGCUGCCGCCCCCGCUGCUGCCAGCCCGCCCCCUGCCGCAGCACCUGCAGGACCUCCUCUUGCUGCUGAGACCUCCCCCCUCCGCCAUUCCCGCAAAGCAACACACUGGAGCCUACUACUCUGCAUUUUAAUCAAGCUGAAAGAAAUAUAGACAUUUUACAUAAGGUGACAAUUGUCAUUUUUACAUCUUUCCAUUUGGAUACAUAAGCAGAUGUCCAUCACCAUUCUCAGUCAAAUUUCCAGGUGUCUCCAUCAGCAGAAGUCACCAUGGAUGGUAAACCCAUCUUUAAAAGAGUGGUUGUUGCAAACCCAUCCUGAAUUCCAGAGGCUGCUCAAAUCCUCCCCACAUCUUUCGGAAUGUGCUGCCCACUUGUUUUUCAAUAAACUAAUUUUUCCUGUAA